AUUGUAGCCAAUAAUAGCCGGUCCGCAGCCAUAACUCCUCCGUUUCUGUAGUUUCUGUAGCUCAUACUUGGCUCAUGCUCUAGCAACUAGAAUAUACUCUAUCAUGUACUUUAGUAUUUUCUAGUUCACUAACAAUGUUUGAGCUUUACCGCUGCAGGCGCAUGCUUCUUCGUUGUUGUUGUACUUCAAGUUCUAAGGCAUCCUGCACUCCUAUCUUUCUCUAUGGUCGUACUACCAUCACCACCGUGGAAGUAGAGUGUACUAGAACAUGCAAUUCUAGGUCACUCUAGUGGAAGGUACAGUUUCCCUUCUCUAAUGUGCUGCCGCAACUCAUCUGGAAAGAAAGGCCUCACAAAUGCAAUGAGCCUAGCUGAACGUAUCGCUGCCGAAACGGCACGCCACACCCCUUCCAAGGCCAUCUGUCAGGUCGAGGUCGGCACACAGUGCAGCUUGCCUCUGGCUGACAAGUCUGUUGGGUGCUCCUUCAAAGCAGGCAGCGAGUCGAGGAGCGUGCAGACCACAGAGACUGUGGAUCAGUCAAGCUACGCCUCAGCAUCAAGGCCUUCUGUUUCUCCAUCAACAGCCAAUGGUGACAAUUCACAGCAGGGACGCCUCUCUGAAGAUCGUCUCUGUGACUAUGAGGCUGGUAAACUGUUACGUCUGGAACCUCGGGCCAGGGUCCAUACUGGCGAGCGUUUGUUUAAGUGUUCUUUGUGCCCUAAGAGCUUCUUUAAAAAAGACCACCUCAAGAGGCACUUGUGCGUUCACACGGGUGAGCGACCAUUUCAGUGUCCUUUAUGCCUUCAGAACUUCACACGAAAGGCCAACCUGGAAACCCAUCUGCGCACCCACACAGGUGAGAAGCCAUGGCAGUGCCCUACAUGCCCUCAAAGGUUCUCACAUAAGUCCAGCAUGAAAGACCACCUACGCACCCACACAGGUGAGAAGCCAUUUCAAUGCCCUUCGUGCCCUCAAAGCUUCUCGCAUAAGUCUAGCAUGAAAAACCACUUGCGCACCCACACAGGUGAGAAGCCAUGGCAGUGUCCUUCAUGCCUUCAGAGCUUCUCACAUAAGUCCAGCAUGAAAGACCACAUGCGAAACCACACAAACGAGAAGCCAUUUCAAUGCCCUUCAUGCCCGCAGAGCUUCUCGCGCAAGUACGUCCUGCGGGAACACCUGCGCACCCACACAGGCGAGAAACCAUUUCAAUGCCCUUCAUGCGUUCAGAGCUUCUCACGAAAGACCCACCUGAAAACCCACCUGCGCACUCACACAGGUGAGAAGCCAUUACAGUGCCCUUCAUGCCCUCGAAGCUUCUCACAGACGACCCACCUGAAAGACCAUCUGCGCACCCACACAGGCGAGAAGCCAUUUCAAUGCCCUUCAUGCCUUCAAAGCUUUGCUGUAAAAAGCCAUAUGAAAGUCCACUUGCGUACCCACACAGGUGAGAAGCCAUUUCAAUGUCCUUCAUGCGCUCAAAGCUUCUCGCAUAAGUCCAGCAUGAAGAAACACUUGCAAACCCAUACAGAUGAGAAGCCAUUUCAGUGCCCUUCAUGCCUUCAGAGCUUCUCACGAAAGAUCCACCUGAAAACCCACAUGCGCACCCACACAGGUGAGGAGCUGUGACAGUGCUCUUCAUGCCCUCAAAGCUCGUAUAAGUCGAGGAUGAAGGAACACUUGUGAAUGCUCACAGAUGAGGAGCCAUUUCAGUGCCUUUCAUGCCCUCGGGGCUUCUUGCACAACCAACAUGAAGGAACACCUGCACACGCACACAGGCGAGAAGCCAUUUCAUUGCCCUUCAUGAAUUUAGAAAUUCUCGCUGAAGAGUGCUAUGAAGACCUGAGCAUUCAUAAAGAUGACCGACCAUACUGUUGUGCCGUCUGCUCCAAGUCCUUUGCACUGGCUGAUUACUUGAGCAGACAUAAAAGAACACGGCACCAUGAUACUGUAGAGUAGGUCAACAACUAUGUUGAACUCGAGUUACGGUUAGAAAUGUAUAAAUAUGGAGAAUGCUGCAGCGUGUUCUGCAGCAUUGAGUAGCGUGUGUGUCUCAAUGUCUCCAAGUGUGAAGAGAGCAAGGGCACUUUUUGCGAGUUCUCAGACACACCAGCAGAGACGACUAUGACAGUGCACCUUGGUUCAGAGGCUGCGCCAGCUGCACGAAAAUAUCCCACACAUGAGCGACGACCACCAGAUUGCUACACAUCAUAGUUUUGUAUAAAGGUAGCACCCUACAAGUUAAGCGGGAGGAAAUGUCAUGUAUGUGAUAAUGCCACAUGCUGUCGAUAGCAUCUGCAAGUCAGUCUUCCAGGCAGUCACAUGACCGUCAGCAAUUGCUUAUAAGGCUGGCAUGUUUCUCUUCUGGCACUUGCACUUGUACUUUUGCUCUUGCUGCACCAUGUAGCAAUAAACUGUUUGCUACUGUUCUACGUUUGCCUUCGGAUUCCUACAACAUAACAGUGACGCCAUGGCCUUUCGGUACCAAAGUUCUUGGCAUGAGAUGUAUAAUUCUCAUGAUUGCAACACCUUGCCCAUGUCCGUACGUUACCUUAAAUGGUUGUAAAAUGUAAUGCCAUAGCUUUUAUUGUAGUACACCAAAGCAUUUGUGCCCUCAAAGAUUCUCAGAAGAGCCCCUGAAGAGGCACUUGUGUGUCCACACGUGUGAGUGGCCAUUUCAAUUUCCUUCAUGCCUUCAGAGAUUCUCACGAAGGACCAAGGUCAAAGAACACCUGCGCACCCACACAGGAGAGAAGCCAUGGCGGUGCUUUUCAUGCCUUCAGUGCUCUUCUCAUAAGACUUAUUUGAAGGAACGCCUGCAAACCCACACAAGACGAGAAGCCAUUUCAAUGCCCUUCAUGCCCUCAGAGCUUAUCGCGGAAGUCCAAUGUGAAGAGGCAGCUGCACAGCCACACUGGCGUGAAGUCAUUUCGGUGGCCUUCGUGCACUGCACUCGGAAAUUCUCGCUAAAGCGUCCCAGGAAACAGCACCUAUGCAUUCAUACAAGUGACCGACCAUACUGUUGGGCUGUCUGCUUUAAGUCCUUUGCGCAGGCUGGUUACUUGAGCAGGCAUAAGAAAACACAGCAUCGUGAUACUGUAGAAUAGGUAAACAGCCAUGUCGAACUACAGCUUCAAUUAGAAAUAUAGACAUGGAGCAUGCUGUGGGGUGUUCUGCUGCAUCAGGUAGGACAAGUGUGCCCAUAUGUUCUUGAAGGGGCCCUGGAAUGCUUCUUCUGGGUUACCAUACUUGCUCUAGAUCUAUUCUCAGUGUGUCAUAAAACAAAGAGCAAAAGAAAUAAUGAAAAUCGACCCACACAAACCCAUGUUAUCGCUCAUAAAAUAUUCAGUAGACAAGGAAAGCAAGAGUUCACCUCAACUUCUGGUGGAUUUUAGCUGCUCUAAGUUCCACAAUUCACUUUGUCAUGACUUCAUGUGCUGACAUCAACAAACAGUAGCAGGUCAUUAGCAAAAGUCGGUGCGCCACUGUUGCCAAGCCUGCUUAGCCUGUUCAUGAUGUACCAUUGGCCUCCAAGACCUGCUGACUGAGUGUAGAUGGCACACAUAUCAUCAUAGAAAGGACGGAUGCCUUUGCAGCAGCACCAGCACCAGAGAACGAGCAGCAACUUCAUUCUUUGCUUGGAGCUGUAAACUACUACAGUAAAUUCCUGCCUCGGCUGGCCAUGCUGGCUCAUCCCUUGUACAAGCUACUGCGUCAUGACCACACGUGUGCAUGGACAAGUGGUUGCCAAAAAACUUUUGACGACAUCCAAGCUGUAUUGGCGUCUACAGAGGUCUUAACCCACUAUGACCCACAAUGAACACUUCAAGCGACUUGCACUUCCAUUCUUGCUGCACCAUGCAGCAAUUAACUGUUUGCUACUGUUCAACGUUCAUCUGCAGAUCCCUACAAUGCAAUACCUACGACGCGGGUGGAAUGAUUUGGCCACAUGAAGCCUUUUGACUGCUCAUCAAGCAGUCAAAAGGCUCGCACUUGGAGCUGACGUCUCCAAAUCAGAAGAGAACAAGGACACUUCCUGGGAGUUGAUGUCUCCAAAUCAGAAGAGAACAAAGACACUUUCUGGGAGUUCUCGGACACAAAAUGGACCUGUUAUGCCGUCAUGGUGCACACACCACGGGGCUUCGUAGUGUGGCAUUGUUGCCAAGAUCAGUUUCUUCUCGGUGCAGCUGACGUCUCCAAGCGCGAAGAGAACAAGGACAGGUUCUGGAAGUUCUCAGACAAACCUGCAGAGACGACUAUGGCAGUGCACAUUGCUUCAGAGGCUGCGCCAUGUGUACAAAGAUAUCCUGUGCACAUUCUACAACCACCAGAUUGUUACACGUGAUCUUAGUUUUGUAUAAUGGUAGUUCCCCACAAAUUAAGUGGGAAGAUAUGUCAUGUACAUGAUAGUGCCACAUGCUGUCAAUAGCAUCAGCAAGUCAAGCCUCCAGGUAGUCACAUGACCUGACCGCAAUUUCAUGUAAGACUGGCAAGGGGGUGCGGGGGCAAACCUCAGCACUCAAAGACGCCUAGCACAUCAUUUGAGCAGUUGGAGGUACAGAUGGCCGGCGAUACCCUGGCAGGACAAGAAGCUCUCGUCCAGCAAGUACGUCGAGCAGCCAUGGCCAGUGGAGUCGUGGAAUGAGGACACCACCCACUCGACCUCAAGAGCAACGACCUCGAUGGCCCAAAUAAAUGUUUUCUCUCUCUCUGGCA